CAAAAUCUAGAGAGGAACAACGUCGCCACAGCCCUGGUCUUCAGAGGAAGCUGCCCACCCUCCCUCAACCUGCAAGUACGGCUCGAUGGCCUGGUUCCCAGGUUGGGCUUGAGGGUCAUCGAGUCGGUGUCACGCGUGCCAUCACGGCUUCUAAAGCCACAGGAAGCGGGGCCGUUCCGCGGAGCUGCUUGUCACCGCUGGCCAGCCGCAGCAGCGACGCGGACUUGGGGACGCGUGCGCGGGGCGGGGACCAGGCCACCCGCCUCCUCCGGCUGGGGAGUCCCCGGGGCCAGAGCACGGGGAAGUCCCGAGCAGGGGUACAAGAACGUGGCGCGCGCCCAGGAGAGUAGCCUGGACGGUGUCGCAGCGCUCCAGCCAUGUCGCGAGGCCUCCAGUUCCUGCUCCUCGGCUGCGCCUGCAGCCUGGCGCCAGCGAUGGCGAUGCGGGAGGUGACGGUGGCUUGCUCCGAGACGGCUGACCUGCCGUGCCCAGCGCCUUGGGACCCGCAGCUCUCUUACGAGGUAUCCUGGGCCAAGCUCUCAGAGGGUGGCAAUGAGAGGCUGGAACUCCCCCAGAGCAGGCAAAAUGACUCCUUCGAGGAUCCCAAAACAAGGUCUUACUCUCUGACAAUCCAGAACACUACUGUCUGCAGCUCUGGCAUCUACAGGUGUGCCCUGCAGGAGCUGGGAGGGCAGCGCAACGUCAGUGGCACUGUGGCUUUGAAAGUGACAGGAUGCCCCAAGGAAGCUGCAGAAUCUCUUUUCCGGAAGUACAGGGCCGAAGCUGUGCUGCUCUUCUCUCUGGUCAUUUUCUACCUGACGCUCAUCAUUUUCACUUGCAAGUUUGCACGACUGCAGAGUAUUUUUCCAGAUAUUUCUAAACCUGGUUCGGAACAAGCUUUUCUUCCAGUCACCUCCCCAAGCAAGCAUUCGGGGCCAGUGACCCUUCCCAAGACAGAAACAGUAUGAGUAGGGUCUGCUGGUUUUUACAAAGCCAAGCACAUACCAGAUCAGUGUGCCUGAAUGCUGCCUGGACAAGAGAAGAAUGAGCCCCACCCUCGGAUGGCAACCUUCCUCUGAAGUCCUUAACCUGACAGUGGGUUCCACACUACUUCCUGCCACGGGGUCUUGAGCACCAUCACAUGAUCAUGAAGCAUGGGGCCAUCACUGCUUCUCUAUGGCUGUCAGCUUAGUGUUUCAUGUGGCUAUCUGGUCAACUUCUUCUAUGCUUUUCCAGUCAUGUAAAAGCUAUGGUGAGACGCAGGUGGAGUAAGGACAUGGGAAAUUUGAACACUCUGAGCUAGUCUUGUGACAGACUCCCAAGGACAGCUGUCCUCGUCUACAUCUGGGAUACAGCUCUUUGAAUUUGUCCUGUUUUGUUGCACCAGUCCAGAUGUCUCAUAUCUGGCAGAAGUUGACAGGCCAAGCUGUGAGCCAGCGGGAAAGAUUUAGCAAAUAAUUUCCCAGUGCGAAGGUCCUGCUAUUAGUAAGGAGUAUUAUGUGUACAUAGAAAUGAGAGGUCAGUGAACUGUUCCUCAGCAGGGCCUUUUCAUCUGGGAAAGACAUCCAUAAAGCGGCAAUACAGAGGGAUGCCACAUUUAUUUUUUUAAUCUACAUGUACUUGUAAGAAAAGAAUUUUCAUGUUUUUCAAAGAAGUUUCUUAAAAAAAAAAAAAGAUUGUCUAGUUGGAUAGCUUUGCUA